AUGAAUUAAAGGAUUUUUGAUAAUAUUAAAUCAACAUCAAAGCGAUUAAAAAGCCCUAAAAUUUUCAAAACAGAAGGCAAUUAUUAGUAAUAAAAUAGGGAUAACAAAAGUAUUGAAUAAUUAUAUUAAUAGUUGAUAAGUAAAAUAAAGCAAAAUCAUUUAUAAACAAUAGAACUGGAUUAGGAUAGAGAGAUUAUAGUGAGAAACUAUCAUAAAAUACAAAAAAUAGUAAAUAUUAUACAUAUAUAAAGGAUUAAUUGUUAAUAAUUAUUCAUAAUAAAAUAGAUAAUAAUUAAACCAUACAAAUAAUAAAUACAACUCUUUUUUAGACUCAAUAUUUAAACUAAACAAAUCCAAAGAACUGAAUAGAGUACCUAUUAGAAAUAGAAAAUAAAUGUGGCAUAACUAUGUAAGUAAAUAUCUCACUUAAACACAAAAGGUUAAUCCAGAUUCUUCAGUUCCUGAGAGAAGAGUUCAAAGUCAGAAUAAUAUCUUAAAAAUUGAAGAAACCUAUAAUAAAAAUAGAUCAACAGCUUCAUUAUAUAGUCUUGAAUUUCAAGAAACUUUUUAGUUUAAUCUAAAAUAUACUCAUAAAACUAGAUAAGGUUAAAUAGCUAAUAAUCCAACCAAAGUAAAUUAAGACAUUUUUUAUUGUUAAACAAAUUUCUUUGAAAAUUUCCAUUUAUUUUUUGUUUGUGAUGGACAUGGACAAAAUGGACAGUUCGUUUCCAAUUUCAUUUAAACUAAUUUACCAAAUACAAUUCGAAGAGAUAAAGUUUAAAUAUAAUCUCAUUAAAUUAAAUAAAUACUUCAAAAAUCUAUUUAAAAUACUUCUAUUAAUGUAAACUAAUAAUCAUUUGAUACUAACUUUAGUGGUUCUACAUUAAAUGGAAUACUUUUGUAAGAAAAUGGUAAAAUAUAUUCAUUUAAUGUUGGCGAUAGUAGAACAGUCAUUGGUAAAUUAAAUGGAUAUGGUUAAAAAUUUAAACCUUAUUAAUUAUCAAUUGAUCAUAAAUUAACUAUUAAAAAAGAGUAAUAUCGAGUAAUCUAAUCAGGAGGUAAGGUAGAUACAUUCUAUGAUUAAAAUGGUAUAGUAUUUAUAUAUAUUCCAGGGAAUCCCAUAGGACCUAUGAGAGUUUGGGUAAAUGGAACAUAAUAUCCAGGUUUAGCUAUGAGUAGAAGUUUAGGAGAUUAAGUAGCCUAAUCUAUUGGUGUUAGCAGUGUUCCAGAUAUUAUUGAAUAUUAAUUAGGAUUGAAUGAUAAAUUUAUUAUUAUUGCCUCAGAUGGGAUAUGGGAAUUCUUAGAUAAUUAAAUUGUUGUUGAUAUUAUUGGAAAAUAUUACUAAUAAAAUAAUAUUGAAGGGGCUAGUGAAGAAUUAAUGAGAGUUGCAUAUAGAAUGUGGACAAUAGAUGAUGAUUCAGUUGUUGAUGAUAUCACUUUUAUAAUUAUAUUUAUUUAGAAUUAAUGA